AACUUUCUGUCAGCAAGUCUGUUUCAAUGAGUGCAAUAUCAAAUGUUUCCUUAGCUGAAGGUAAUGGCACAAUGCUGCUUGUAUUACAAAGUUAAAGUCAAUAUUACUUUUUACAAUAACUUAGCAAAUCCUUGCUUGCUGAUCGGUCGAGAGCUAUGGUCUAUGAGAGUAUAGACCGUGGAAAUAACGUAACAUGUCACACAAGAUUUUCUGAGAAAGUUCGCAGGAAACUAAAAAUAAAAUUGUUAUUGUAAAAAACACAUCGACCACAAUUUUCCAUGGUCUACACUCUUAUAGACCAUAGAAAUGUUGCCAUAAAAAGUUCAAAACUUUGCAGUGAAACUACUCACCUGCGGCUCGUGGUUUCACUUGAGUUUUGAACAUUUUAUGAUAUCAUUUCCAUGGUCCCUAAGAGUGUAGACCAUGGGAAAUUGUGGUCGAUUUUUAAGUACAUGUAGUUUCUCAUUGUUGAAUCAUUCUUGGUUCAAUAACAGAAUGAUUUUCAUGAUUUAAAUGACUCCAUAUAGCCCUUCCAAAUCAGCAGUUUAAUUGUGCUGGAAAUAUGCCUACACAAACAGCUGUAAUCACAUUAAUUUUCUGUUAUUUUGUGUGUGCACUGAUCCUAAUGACAUUUUGAGACAGCAUGCAUACAUUAUAUUAUGUUGUAUAUGUACAUGUACUUGUUUUUUUGUGCUUAAUCCGCUCCAUUAGUAUACAAGGUAUAUACAGUUGUAUAAUUUAGAAGGUCAUACAUGUACAUUACAGUAGAGUGAUACAGAGGCAUGAAAAAGAAACAUUAUAUAGAAGAAAAAAAUACGGAAGACAAAAUACAUGUAUGAACGAAGAAAGGCAAUUGUAAAACAUUGUAUAGUGAAACUAACAAUUAUGGCCCAUUAACAGGUUGUCACUGGCUUUUGACUUGACUAUGCUCUCAUACGCUCUCUCCUUUUGCUUAGACCAAUCUCAAUACUCAUAUGCAUAUGAACAUGCAUUUAUUGGUACGAGUCCACCCAAGAGAGCAUCAUCAGCCCACAGUCCCGCCCGAGCUCCUACAGAUGAGGCAGGUGGUGCUUAUGAAACACCUGAUGAAAAUGUUGUUAAUGAGUUUAUGGAAGACAUUCAAGAAAAGAGAGCAGGUGCUGCUGCGUACGAGACAGCAGAUGAACAGGCAGUGGCUGGGUUUGUGAGCAGCUUGAAGAGAAAACGCACCUUGAAUGGACUCCAGUGUGGUAAGCACCAUAGCUUACACUGUACAUGUUUACUGCUGUACUAGUGGUUGUUUUAUUGGGACAGAUCCAGAUAUUAGACCCUGUCUAUUUAUUGUUUAAAGAACUGUGAAAGCAUCUGUGUCAAAAGUAAGGCUCUAGAAGACACACUUAACUUUCUUAUGUUUCUGAAAAGAUACUUAGGUUUGGAAAUUGAAAUAUUCCUUACAAGUCAGCUACAGCUGUAAGUUUUAAAAUGAUCCGUUUUGCUCACUGCAGAGAAUUUCACAAUGCCAAUACAAUACCAAACAACCACAGCUUAAGCACAUUCUACAGAAAAGACAUGUUUAGGCUGAGACAAAUGGGGCAUAAUUAACAGAAUUAUUUUUAUUUUGUGACUGUGUCCAUAACAUUAAAAAAGAGGGUAUGAUCAGUGAAGCAAAUCCUGUGUUCUGAUUGGCUGCUUGAAUCUUCAGUGUUCUCCCCUUAUCAGGCGGUAACUGGUAAAAUUUACCACUUGAAGCAACCCUUCUUACUGCCUGCAACCGCGUGACGGUUUACUAAAAUUAAAAAAGUAGAUUUUAAAAAAAAGGAAGUUACAUGUACAUUAUUGUAUGAUUUGAUCUGAUUCUCACAAAGAAAAUGAAUAAAUAUAUAUGGCAAAGUACUUAAGUAUACACAGCAUUUCAUUUUAUGGGCCACUCAUUUUGGAACGAGAACAUUAAAGACAGAGUAAAAUUAUUGCAAUCAAACGUUUUAAUUAAAUUAAUUGUCUCAAGAGAACAACAGCCGAUUUGUGUAAAAUACACAAUGUAGGUCUUAGGGAAUGACAUUUCAGAGAACUUUGCUCCUAAAUUUCCUAUUGGGGAAGGGCCAUGUCCCUCACUCCACUACUCCCUUCCCCCAGGGAAAGUGCAACUCUGGUGCAUAUUUUUUGCCUUACUGGUCAUGAAUGCAUGGUCCCUUACCUGCUGAGCUAAAAUUUAGGGAGAACACUGGUUUUGCCAUCUCAAGACUGCCCAGUUUGUGCCUUGAGAAAAGAUUUUGUUUUGGUGAUAUAAUAAAUCCUUUAUUAAUAACCAAGCUUGCUCUGUCAAUAUGGAUGAAUGUUUGCCUUGUUCAUUUUUACAUUUGACUUCAUCUUAUCCCAGAAAAGUGUCGCGAAAAAAGAACUUGUCUAUUAUCCAGCCCUCUUGCUUGUUUCAUGCUUUCAGUGGAUACCUAUUGCUCCCAGGUGACAUUUCAUUUUUAUUGCACCAGAUAAUGUACUGAUACAACUGAAAGUAAAAAAAAAUACAAACAAAAUAUAGUUGUUAAAAAUAGGUAAGCAAAUGUGACUGAAAUAGUUAAGUGCAAACUGGUUUAAGUAACUGUUAAUUUGUGUUUUGUUGUUGAUUCAUUAACAGACCUGAGCACAGAUGAAUCUGACUUUUCUGACAGUGAUCAUGAUUAC